AUGGAUCUUGGACAGGCUGGAGGCAGAGAGUUACUGCGGAUACCGCAGCUGAGGCUGUUUGAAAAUACGCUGGAGAACGAUAACUGGGAUGAUGAGGAAGAAGAGGAGGAAGUAAAGGAGACGGAGGUAAAACAAGAACCAAAAGUUUCAGAAAAAAAGAAAAUAGCAGAAAAAAUAAAAGAAAAAGAAAAGCUACAGAAGAAAAAGCAAGAGGAGCUUAAAAAAAGGUUAGAGGCACCAGAGGAACAUAAAGAACUUACACCAGAAGAACAGUUAGCAGACAAACUACGACUAAAGAAAUUGCAAGAGGAGUCGGACCUCGAGUUAGCAAAAGAAACAUUUGGUGUAAAUAACACUUGUGGAAUAGAUGCCAUGAAUCCCUCUUCAAAAGAUGACUUUACGGAAUUUGGCAAACUACUAAAAGAGAAAAUUACACAGUAUGAAAAAUCACUACAUUAUGCCAGUUUUUUGGAAGCAUUAGUUCGAGACGUAUGUAUUUCAUUGGAAAUUGAUGAUUUGAAAAAGAUCACAAAUACUUUGACAGUACUAUGCAGUGAAAAGCAAAAACAAGAAAAGAAUAAAGCCAAAAAGAAGAAAAAGGGUGUUGUGCCUGGAGGCGGUUUAAAGGCUACGAUGAAAGAUGACCUGGCUGAUUAUGGAGGAUAUGAUGGAGAAUACGUACAAGACUUUGAAGACUUCAUGUGACAUUUAUCUCCCCUUCUGUCGUCUUUCUGUUGCCCAUAAUCCCUAAACAUGUAGCACAACUUUUCUUCCUUUAAAUUCUGCCAAAUGCUACAA